UAGGCUCCUUGCUUCAUCUAGUAUUUUCUCCUGUUCUGAACACUAGAGUGAAGAUGAUGUUCGUGAUAAUCGUUUUGCUCACUUUACUAUCCCAUGCACCAGCCCUUGAUGUUUGCCCUAAAUGUGGCAACAUGGAAGUCCCUUACCCACUUAGCACAAGUGAUAAUUGUGGAAACCCUAGGUACAGAAUCUAUUGCAACAGUGGUGCUCUAGAGUUCUUGUCAGCUCAAGGGUUUUACUACAGGAUCCUUAGCAUCAACCCUAGUGUUCGUAAGCUUGUCAUUAGCCCUCCCCUAAUAGUGAAGAACACAUGUUGUUCCUCUGAUCUUUCCCUUGGAGGAUUAAGUCUCAACGAAAACUUGUCGUUCAACAUAUCCACUCAUAACACUGUUAUGUUAUUCAACUGUUCUGAUAACAUCCUAUUGUCACCGUUGAACUGUUCAUCGACCAGCUUUUGUAGGCAGUAUGAGGAGGUUGGAGAGGGAAGUGGAUGCAAAGGUACUCUUUGUUGCCACUUUUUGAAAGAUACAGCAAUGACCUCACAUAGGAUUAGGGUCAGGGCUGGAGGGUGCACUGCUUAUACUUCUGUUGUGGACAUCAAGCCUGGUGAUCCCAUUGAUAGAUGGAACUACGGAAUUGAGCUGCAAUGGCUGCCUCCACUCUAGGAGGCAGCACUUGACUGCUUGUGGUGCAAGCCUUUGAACCAUAUUGCUGCUUGUCAUGCCUAAUUCACACCUCAUGUCCUUGUUCGUUUUCUUUUCUUUCUAUUGCUCGUAUGUGUGUGCUUGUUCCAUCUAGAUUUUCGCUAAUUAAAAUUAAAUAAAUUCAAGUUCUUUUUUCUUGA